GUGUAAUGCUCUCCAUGGGUGCGGCGUGUGCAGCGUUGCUCCAGUUGUCCUCCCAUCCGUCCCUAGCGCCCCUCGCGGCCUCACUUCGGCAUAAAUCCGGGCCUGUGGUGAAAGGGAAGGUUUUCGAGGUCCAUACUGUGAGGUUCCAUCCCACACGUAGCAAUGGAAAAGUGGUGGGAGACCGAGGAGCAUCCGGGAAGCUGUGGCUCAAGGGAGUCAA